AUGUGUGACACUGGAGAUGAAAAAAUUAUAAUGCUUGAAGAUGUGAUGAAAACAUCAAAGGUUCUAGAAGGAUCAGAAUCCGACGGGGCAGGGAGGCAUGGUGAAAAACUGAAGCAGGAGGAGAAGGUAACGUGGUCACGUCUUCAAGCAGGUACAAGAAGCAGAAGUUACAGCCUCGUGGGUGGAAAUUCGCAGUUCACCAUCAACCCAUCCACAGCUCAGAUCAUCACAAGUGCAUUGCUUGACAGAGAAACCAAAGAUAAUUACACUUUGGUAGUGGUUGCCAGCGAUGCUGGGUCCCCAGAGCCUCUUUCCAGUUCUACCAGUGUGUGUGUCACAGUGACUGACGUCAGUGAUAACCCACCACAGUUCCAUCAUCACCCAUAUGUCACUCAUGUCCCAUCACCUACUCUUCCAGGUAAUUCAGCACUGAGGUUCCCUGUCUUUGUGGUCAUGGUCACAGACACUGACAUUGGACACAAUGCUGAGCUCCAUUAUUCCCUUUCGUGCAGAAACUCUGACAAAUUUCACAUCGAUCUCCUGAGAGAAGUAAUCAUGGCAUCUGGGCCACUGAGUGGAGCUUCUCAGGUGACAUUUUCAAUUCAGGUGAAAGAUGGUGGCUCAUUUCCAAAAACGGACUCCACCACCAUGACUGUUAGAUUUGACAACAAAGGAGAUUUUCCCAAAGUCAGAGCCAAAGAACAAACAUUCAUGUUUCUAGAAAACCAGCCAGUGGGCACUUUGGUCACCACCAUCACAGGGUCCUCUUUGAGAGGAGAAACUUUGUCAUAUUAUAUUGCAAGUGGGAACCUGGGCAUUACUUUGCAAAUUGGUCCAUUAACAGGACAGGUGUCCAUCAGUCAGCCUUUGGAUUUUGAAAAGACACAAAAAUAUGUUGUGUGGAUUGAAGCCAGAGACGGGGGCUUCCCUCCCUUGUCUUAUGAGAAGCUUGACAUUACAGUGCUGGAUACCAAUGACAAUGCCCCGACUUUCAAAGAAGAUCCAUUUGUGGCUGAAGUAUUAGAAAACCUAUCUCCUUGAAAAAUACUUACUGUUUCAGCAAUGGACAAAGACAGUGGGCCAAAUGGACAGUUAGACUAUGAGAUUGUUAGUGGUAACAAAGAAAAUAGUUUCACCAUCAAUCAUGCAACAGGUGAGAUCAGAAGCAUUCGCCCACUAGACAGAGGAAAAAUAACUCAUUAUGAGCUCACUGUGAAGUCUUCAGACAAAGGGUCCCCUUCUCAGAGCACCUCAGUAAAAGUCAUCAUCAAUAUUUUAGAUGAAAAUGAUAAUGCACCAAGGUUUUCUCAGAUAUUCAGUGCCUACGUUCCUGAAAAUUCCCCCUUGGGAUAUACGGUCACCAGGGUCACAACUUCCGAUGAAGACAUUGGCAUAAAUGCAGUUAGUAGAUACUCCAUAGUAGAUGCAAGUCUCACAUUUUCAAUUAACCCCAACACAGGAGAUAUUGUCAUUAGUAGACCUUUAAAUAGGGAAGAUACAGAUCGCUACAGGAUCUGAGUUUUUGCCCAUGAUUCUGGGUGGACCGUGAGCACAGAUGUCACCAUAUUCGUGACGGACAUCAAUAACAAUGCCCCAAGAUUCAGCAGACCCUCUUAUUAUUUAGAUUGCCCUGAACUUACUGAGAUUGGCUCCAAAGUGACUCAAGUAUCAGCUACAGAUCCUGAUGAAGGGUCAAAUGGACAGGUGUUUUAUUUCAUCAAAUAUUCAGAAUAUUUCAGAAUCAAUGCCACCACUGGUGAGAUUUUCAAUAAGCAGGUAUUAAAAUUCCAAAAUGUCAGUGAUUUGGGUAAUGUGAACGUUAACCUGCAUAGCUUUAUUGUGACCUCUUCAGAUCACGGCAAUCCAUCCUUACUCAGCGAGACCACAGUUACCAUCAACAAAGUAGAUAGCAAUGAUAACCCACCUCAGUUUCUUAAAAGUAAAUAUUUUACUCCGGUCACCAAAAAUGUCAAAGUUGGCACCAAGUUAAUCAAAGUGACUGUGGUAGAUGACAGAGAUUGUGGACUGAACUCUGAAGUGGAAUAUUUCAUGUCUGAUGGGAAUCACUUCAAGAAGUUUAAAUUGGACAGUGAUACAGGGUGGAUUUCAAUAGUAUCUUCCUUGAUUUCUGACCUGAAUCAAAACUUCCUGAUCACAAUAACUGCAAAGGAUAAAGGCACCCCCCCACUUUCUUCCCAAGCAACUGUUCACAUAACAGUCACUGAUGAGAACUACCAUACUCCUGAGUUUUCUCAGAGCCACGUGAGUGCCACCAUCCCUGAGAGUCAUGGCAUUGGGGCUGUGGUCAGAAGUGUCUCUGCCAGGGAUUGGGAUGCAGCCAUGAAUGGGUUGAUUAGAUAUGACAUUUCUUUAGGAAAUGAAGGGGGCAUCUUUGCAAUUAAUUCCUCUACAGGUGUGUUAACACUAGCCAAAGCCCUUGACUAUGAGCUAUGCCAGAAACAUGAGGUGACAAUCAGUGCCACAGAUGGAGGAUGGGUCGCAAGGACAGGCUACUCCAGUGUGACUGUGAACGUGAUUGAUGUGAAUGACAAUUCUCCAGUGUUUGCUCCUGAUGAAUAUUUCCCUACUGUUUUAGAAAAUGCCCCUAGUGGAACCACAAUCAUUUACUUAAAUGCAACAUAUGCAGACUCUGGAGCCAAUGCUGUCAUUGUGUACAGUGUGCAGUCAUCUGACAGUGACCUGUUUGUCAUUGUCCCCAACACAGGGGUCAUUACCACCCAAGGCUUCCUAGAAUUUGAAACCAAGCAGAGCUACCAUCUUACUGUGAAAGUCAAUGUUCCUGUUGAAGAAAGGUAUAGCUUCACCACUGUGAAUAUCCAGCUGAAGGGGACAAAUGAAUAUGUGCCUCAGUUUGUUUAACUGCACUACUUUGAAGUUUCAGAAGCAGCUCCUGAAGGGACUGUGAUUGGAGAACUGUUUGCCAGUGACCGGGACAUGGGUACUGAUGGGGAAGUACACUGUUUGCUCUUUGGAAACAGUAAAAAGGGUUUCCAGAUCCACAAGAAGAUGGGGCAGAUUUAUGUGUCUGGACUUCUUGUUAGAGAGAAAGCAGAAAGAGUGUCCUUGAAGGUCUUGGACAAGAACUUCGGCAGCAUUCAGGGAGCAGAUAUAGACGAAGUCACUGUGAAUAUCACCGUGCUUGAUGCCAAUGACCCACCAGUGUUUAGUCUAAACAUCUACCAAGUCCAGAUCAGUGAAGGGGUCCCGACUGGGACAAAUGUGACCUUUGUGGGUGCCUUUGACUCUGACUCUAUCCCUGACUGGAGCACGUUUUCUUACUUCAUUGGAUCAGGGAAUGAAAACAGUGCCUUUUCCAUUAACCCACAGACAGGCCAGGUCACAGUUACCUCAGAGCUAGACCGGGAAACCCUACCUGUUUAUAAUCUCAGAGUCGUGGCUGUGGAUUCAGGGACCCCUUCGGCGACAGGAAGUGCUUCCUUGCUAGUCACUCUGGAAGACAUCAAUGAUAACGGGCUGGUGUUGACCAUCAGUGACGGGGAAGUUCUAGAAAACAAGCACCCAGGAACUCUGGUGAUGACCCUUCAGUCCACGUAUCCUGACCUCCCCCCAAAUCAAGGCCCUUUCACCUACCAUCUGCUGAGCACACGGCCAGCCACCAAUUAUUUCAGUCUGAAUACUGCUGGAGUUCUGAGUACAGCCAGGGUCUUGACAGGGAACAGGGAACAGAUCAACAGGGAACAGAUUUCAGACUUGUCUGUGGUCACUGGAGAUUCUGGGGCUCCUCAGAUGUCUUCCACUGGAACAGUGCACAUCAGUGUUCUAGACCAAAAUGACAACCCCUCACAGUCCCAUACAGUGGAGAUAUUUGUUAAUUAUUAUGGCAGCUUGUUUACAGGUGGGACUUUAGGCUCUGUGAAGCCUCAGGAUCCAGAUGUGUUAGACAGCUUCCACUGUUCCAUCACCUCAGGGGUCACCAGCCUCUUCAGUAUUCCAGUGGGUAGCUGUGACCUGAACUCCCAGCCCAGGUCCACUGAUGGCACCUUUGAUCUGACAGCCCUCAGCAGCGACGGAGUUCACAAUGCAGUCACCAACACUAUCCGAGUUUUUUUUUUUUUUUUUUUUUUGGUCUGGAUCAUCUUGCUCCGUAUAGGUGUUCCCACAGUCAAGUACUUCUUGACUAACCACUACCUUCACUUCCUGCUCAUUGCUGGUUCCCAGCUCACUGGCUUGGGCACGACUGUGCAACUGUAUGCUGCUUAUGAGGAGGGCAACAGAACAUUUCUCUUAACAGCUGAGAAGGGAAAUAAUAACCAGUAUGUAAACUCCAGUGGCGUAGCCACCGUCUUUGAAAGUAUCAAAGAGAUUCUUCUUCGUCAGAGAGGAGUCAAGGUGCAGUCUGUCGAUCACGACCCAUGCAUUCACAGCCCUUGUCAGAGGGGCAGCUGCAUCCGAAAACUGGCAGUGGGGUCUGCACUGAAGAGCCAGGAGAGUCUGCCUGUUAUCAUUGCAGCCAAUGAGCCUCUGCGGCCUUUCCAGUGCAAAUGUGCAUCAGGCUAUGCCGGCAGCUGGUGUGAGUCGACAUCAGACGAAUGCCUUCCAGCCCCUUGCCACAAUGGGGGGACCUGCCACAAUUUAGUGGGGGGAUUUUCAUGUAGCUGCCCUGACGGCUUCUCUGGGAGAGCCUGUGAGAGAGAAAUCAAUGAGUGCCUUCCCAGGCCUUGCAAGGUUGGGGCUGUCUGCCAGAAUUUCCCAGGGGGCUUCAACUGUGUGUGUAAAACCGGAUACACAGGUAUGGUAGCAUGUUCUUUCCUAUGUAGCAUCAGGUUUCUUUCAAAGAUUUUAGACAUGGAAAGUCUAUAG